AGUACUGUAAAUACCCACCACAAGCUCCACUCCCACAUCCUAAUUCGCUAGCUCGCUCUCGCUCCCGCUGCCGCUCUCAAGCUACCUGCUGGCAGCUAACUAGCUAGGGUUCGCCUACAGAAGGUGACCGCGAGCUGGCUGGCCGGAGAGACCGAGCAGCUACGCGCGCCGCAGCUCGCCGGCCGGGAGCUGCCUAGCUAGCAAAGCUCGGUGGAGUUCUUGUGAAGCUAGCUAGCGGACGAUCAAACUGAUCGACGAUGCGCCUCGUCGCCGGAGGCCACUUGAGAUGAUGAGCAGCAACAACCAGCAGCAGCAGUCGGCGGCGGCAGCGGCGGAGGAGGAGCAGGAGCUAGCGCGGAAGCACGCGGCCGCGGUGGCUACGUCGCGGCAAUGGUCGUCGCAGACGGAGUCGCGGAUAGUGCGGGUGUCGCGCGUCUUCGGCGGCAAGGACCGCCACAGCAAGGUGAAGACCGUCAAGGGUCUCCGCGACCGGCGCGUGCGGCUGUCCGUGCAGACGGCGAUCCAGCUCUACGACCUGCAGGACCGGCUGGGCCUUAACCAGCCCAGCAAGGUCGUCGACUGGCUGCUCAACGCGGCCCGCCACGAGAUCGACAAGCUGCCGCCGCUCCAGUUCCCGCCGCAUCAGGUCGACCUCAUGGACCACAUGAUGACCUCCUCCUCCAUGCCGCUCAUGCCGCACGUCGAUGACAAGUUCUGCCACUUCGCGUCCACGCUCGCCGGAGAUGGCGUCAAGGCCGGGGCCGACGCAGACGGCGGUGGAGCUCACCACAACAUGGGGAGGUUCGGCUACCACCGGUUCAUGGGGCUCAAUAACAACUCCCUGGGACUGGUCAACAGUGGGAUGCCAUACAAUUUUACCGGCGAGUCAUGGAAUAACAGCAGUGUGCACCAGAGCGGUGGCGCUGGCUCGGCACAGGUCUCGAUCGCUGCCGCCGCCGCGGCUCACCACUCGGCAUUCCCGUCGUUACUCUCCUUGGCUCCAAGGUCGCAUCAGCUGGUUUAUUACUCGUCCGAUGCCGAUCAGUUCCCAGUUGAUGACCUGGGCUCCCAAAGCUUGUCCUUGAGCUCAGCGAGGGGUUUCCAUGACCAGACAGGAAGCUAGCUGCAACCUAGCUAGCUAGUACAACGCUGGAUCGAUCAAUAUCCUAAAGAAGACGGAGCUGAUCGAUCAGUGGUAUGGAUUGCACCUCUUUAUCCUCAAGGUAGGACUUAAUAAUGCUCUCCCAGAGCACAAAAUAGCUUGCUAGUAGUGUGUGUGCAUUGGGUUUUUCAGAUAUAUACUUCUUCCUAUGGAACAAGCCUAACAGCGGGUUCUAAAAAUGGGUUAUGCUCUACAAAAUACAAAUAUGCUUAAUUUGGCUUUGGAAGUUGAGCAAUGCUAGCUGGCCUUGCUGUGUGUGACAUACGAAUUUCUUACUUCUUUCCAUAUAUAAAGAAGUAAGCGGUGUAAUGGUUUAUUGUGCAAUAAUAAUUUUGAUUUUUUGAA